GGGCGCCGCGCCCCGCAGUGGUUUGGUCCCGGCAGGAGCCCGUACCGGCCGGUUGCGGCCGUAACGCCGCGGCGACGCAGCGCGCGCCGCCGCCCAGCCAGCCAGCCAGCGGCCGCGGGGCCCGAGCCCAGCGGCGGGACCGCGGGGCGGCGCCGCCGCCCGUUACAGCGCGCGCCCGGGGGCAGCGCCGCCGCCCUCCCCGCCUUCCCCGCCUUCCCCGCCUUCCCCUCUCCCUUGUGUCCCCGCCGCCGCCGCCGCCGGAGUGAGCGUCCGGAGGGGUCGCCCGCCCGCCCGCCUGGCGUGCCGACUGACCCUCCGCUCCUGCCCCUUCCGUGGCAGCGGGAAAGGAAGCACUCGUGAGACCCCACUUGGAGUACUGUGUCCAGUUCUGGAGCUCUCAACACAGGAACCACACAGAGCUGUUGGAAUGAGUCCGAAGGAGAGCCACAGAGAUAAUCCUUAGGGCUGAAGCUCUUCUCCUAUGAAGACAGACUGAGAGUUGGAGCUGUUCAGCCUGGAGAAGAGAAUGUUCUGGAGAGACCUCGUAGCAGCCUUCCAGUAUCUGAAGGGGGCCUACAGGAAAUCUGGGGAGGGACUUUUUAGAAGGGCAUGUAGUGAUAUGAUGAGGGCUAAUGGAUUAAACUGAAAGAGGGGAGAUUUAGGUUAGGCAUUAAGAAGAAAUUCUUGACUGAGGAUAGUGAGACACUGGCACAGCUUGUCCAGGCCAGCUUGGAUGCAGCUUUGAGGAGUAUAGUGGGAGGUGUCCCUGCCCAUGCAGGGAGGUUGGAACUACAAGACCUUUAAAUGAUUCUGUGAUUCUCAUAUAUAAUGCACAUAAGAUGUGAAGGGGACAGAUGUGUUCCUUCAUUUAUAAAUGUAUAUUGUGUAUUUUAGUGUUAUUUCAUGUUUAUAAGCAAGUACUGAAGUCUGUCAAUGCUUCAAGUGUUUGCUAAGAACAUAUAGUAAUUGCAGAUUAUAAAAAAAUAUGUAUUUUAGUGGUAGCAACAAGUAGAUUUUAUGUGGGAAGAAGCUUUAGCAUGACAAUAGCCUAUCUUCAAAGUUUUCUAAAAUCUGCAUCUUUAUUAGCAGUUUGUUUGGCAAUGAAAGUGAUUAAAUAAUAUGUUUGGACGCUCUUCAGUAUACCUUCCUCAAAAUACUAAAGCCUCACCUUUGAAGCUAUAUGCUUAUUUCAUAGAAGCUUAAAGUUGUACUACUGCCAUCUGACUAGAGGUGCCUAAAUUGUGGUGUACUGCUUACUUCAUGAGGGUGCUUGGCAUUUAAAUGCUAAUUCAUGCACACAUGCAAAGCUGCACACAGGCCAGGAAGGUGCUGAAGCUCAAACAAAUUAAACUUGUGGACAUGUGCUAAACUCCUCUUAGUAAAUGCUUUGGACAGUUUACAGGAGAGCUUUUCAAAUGCAAGUAUUUCAAAAGCUAUUUCACCUGCAACGUGGGUGAAUGUAAGUAGCUAUUACAAAUGGGAUUUCAAGUUGUAGUAACAGCAGAUGAGGGUGUUACUGUUAUUCCUGCAGUCUUGCAUCAUUUCUAAAACUAGACUGAAGCUCUUCAGGGCAUCGGCUGGUCUCAUGUUUCUGAACUAAUACUUAGUACAUUUCAGAACACUGAAGUUACAAAGAUACCUUUUUAGUCAAGUUACAGUUUAGCAUUUUAAAUAUGUCUCCUUGAAUUUAGAGUAAGCAGUUUGUGCUUACAAAUCAGUGUAUCAGACAUGCUAAAGUAAUACAUUACAGGUUACAUAAAUGGGACUAAAUUGAUUUAAUCUAUUUAUUUAGUAUCAAACUCCAAGAUAAUCUGUUCAUGUUGGCGGAUAUGAUUUAUUUAUAGAAGAGUAUGAUCUAGGAACGAGUAAAGCACUGAAAAAAAAUUCUCCUUGUUAACCAUAACAAAUGCUUUUCUGUUGACUUGAAAUUAUAUAUCAGGCUUCUCUUCUGCUCUUGGUACGUGAAUCUGAAUACUGUGUUGUUUUGGUUGUAGGAACUCUUUUUUCCAAACUUUUUUAUUUGAAAUAUUGCAGGGACAAUUGAUAGUCUGCUAGUGAUUUGCAAAGCAGAAAGUUUUAAAACUGGGUCAUUUAUUGGUGCCACCUGUGAAUUCAGGCCAUAAUCAUACUGCAAUUUUGAAAUCCAUUAUUAGUGAUCUUUUCAUUAACAUGGAAAUGCAGGUAGUGGAGGAACCAGCAAGGAGGGGUGCACUGCUGGUACUUGUAUAGUAAAGAAGGUCUGGUUAGGGACCAGACCUUAAGGUCUGGGAAUAGCCUUGGCGACAGUGACUAUGACACAGUGGUAUUUUACAAGGAAGAAGCAGGGCAGUAAGUAGGAUUACAACCCUGAACUUCUGUAGGGCUAACUUUGUACCCUUCAGAGAUCUACUUGCAGGAAUCCUGUGGGCUAAGACUCUGGAAGAAAAGGGAGCCAAGGAAAGCUGGUCAGUUUUUAAAUACUGCUUUCUCCAAGCCCAAGAUAGUUUGCAUUCCUUCUAGUAAAAAAUUGGGUAGAAGUGAUAAACGACCUGCAUAGAUAAGCAAGGAUCUUCUGAAGAAAGUCUCAUGGAAGAAAGAAAUUUACAGUUUGUGAAAGAAGGGACUUGUCACUUAGGAGAGCUAUAGGGACAUUGUUAACAUAUGUAGGAAGGUGACAAGAAAGGUCAAAGCUCUCUUAGAGCAUAAACUGGCAAUGGAAGUAAAAGAGAACAAGAAGAGCUGCUUCAUAUACAUCAGUCCUAAAAGGAAGAAUAGGGAAAACGUGAGCCCAUUGCUGAAUGAGGUGGGAGCCCUGGUAACAAGACAAUGCAGAGAAGGCAGAGUUGCUGAGAACCUUCUUGGCUUCAGUCUUUACUCCUAAGACCAGCCCUCAUGAAUCUCAGAUGCUGGAUGUAAGAGAGGAAGCCUGGAGGAAGGAAGACUCUCCACUGGUCAAUGAAGAUUGGGUUAGAGAUCAGUUAUGCAAGUUUAAUGUGCACAAGUCCAUGGGCUGUGUUGGGAUGCACCCACAAGUGUUGACAGAGCUGGCUGAUGUUACUGCUCUACCACUUUCCAUCAUUUAAAAAAAAAUCAUGGCAAGCAGGAGAGAUGCCUGAGGACUGGAGGAAAGCCAAUGUCGCUCUGGUCUUGAAAAAGGGCAAGAUGAUCCAGGAAACUACAGACCAGUCAGGCUCACUUCCAUCCCUGGAAAUAUGAUGGAGCAGUUCAUUCUGGUGGAAACCUCGAAACACGUGGAAAAGAAGAAGGUUUAUCAUAAGUAGUCAGCAUGGUUUUACUAAGAGGAAAUCAUGCUUGACUAAUCUGAUAGCCUUUUAUGAUGGUGUGCCAGAAUGGAUAGAUGCAGGGAGAACAGUGGAUGUGUCUACCUUGACCUUAGCAAGGUUUUUGACACACUCUCCCAUAACAUCCUUGUGAGUAAGCUCAGGAAGUGUGGGGUAGAAGAGUGGACAGCUGAGUACAGCUGGAGACCUGUAACUAGUGGAGUCCCUGAGGGAUCAGUGCUGGGUCCAGUCCUCUUCAACAUCUUUAUCAAUGACCUUGAUGACGAGACAGUGUCUUCUCAGCACAUUUUCUGAUGAGACAAAGCUGGAAGGAUUGGCUGAUUCACCUGAAGGCUGUGUAGCCAUUCAGCAAGAUUUGGACAGGCUGGAGAGCUGGGCAAAGAGGAACCUAACGAGGUUCAUCAAGAACAAGUGCAGAGUCCUGCACCUGGGAAGGAACUACAAAAUACACCAGUACAGGCUAGGAGGUGACCUGCUAGAGAGCAGCUCCAUGGAGAAGGACCUUGGAGUCCUGGUAGACAACAAAUUAUGCGUGGGACAACAAUGUGCCCUUGUGGCCAAGAAAACCAAUGAUAUCCUGGGGUGCAUCAGGAGGAGUGUCUCCAAGAGAUCAAGGAAACCUAAUUAAAAAGAAGCCAGCUCAGUAGAAUUUCAGGUCUGGCAAUGGCAUCUACUGUAGUAAGUUCAGUCCCUACCACUGCGUCUCGUUUUGCUUUACUACAAGUUGAAAGUGAUACCGAUUCAGAGUCAGGAAAAGGAAGAAGUGGCCGAGGUGUCAGUAAAUCUCAGGCUUCAGGCGGAAAAUCAUCUACAAAUGAGAAAAAAAGAAAGAAAAGGAGAAAAAGGAAGGAACAGCAGCAGAGUGAGGCCAAUGAGCUCAGAAACCUUGCUUUUAAAAAGAUUCCUCAGAAAUCCUCACAUGGAGGUUGUCUUUCUCAGCAUGAACAAAAACUGCAUACUGAAAUGCGGAAGGACUCUCAGGAAGAAAACUGGCAGGAGUGGAAACAAAGAGAUGAGCAGCUGACAUCUGAAAUGUUUGAAGCUGAUCUGGAAAAAGCAUUGCUGCUAAGCAAGCUGGAGUAUGAAGAGCACAAAAAGGAAUAUGAAAACGUUGAAAAUACUUCACCUCAGUCAAAGUCUCUGAAUAAGAAAAAGAACCAGCAAGGAAAAGACAAACCUCUUACUGUGUCUCUGAAAGACUUCCAGUCAGACAGUAAUAUAGAUCAUCUGAAUAAAGGAAAAGGAUUGAAAGUACAGCAACCUAGAAGAAAUGGAAGGCAUUCAGAUAACCUUGUCAAAAAGCAUGAGGAACUGAACUCUUCCCAUUCUUCGUUGCAUGACAGAGGAUUUUUCAACAGGCUGGAAGAUGAUGUUCACAGAAUACUUGAAAGAGAGAAAAGGAGAGUCCAGCACAGUGAUUACAGUGAAAUUGAUAACUGCAUAUCUCAUGAACAAAACCAGGAGAGUGUUUUGAAAGGUGGAAAAACAGAACAACUAAAGCUUGAGCUUGAAAAGAAAGAUGCAGAAAUUGAGCAACUGAGAAAUAAAGUAACUCAGUGGGAGGCAAAAUAUAAAGAAGUAGAAGCAAGAAAUGCACAGCUUCUGAAGAUUAUGCAAGAAGGUGAAAUGAAAGACAAAGCAGAAAUACUUCUACAGGUUGAUGAAUCUCAAAUUAUCAAAAAUGAAUUGACCCUACAGGUAACUAUACUUCAUGCUGCAUUAGAGCAAGAAAGAUCCAAAGUGAAACUAUUGCAGGCAGAAUUAACAAAAUACCAGAGUGGGAAAAAAGGGAAAAGACACUCAGAAUCUGACCAGUGCAGGUGAUCUCCUCUGCCACCAGGAUCAAAGCAAAAAAAACAUGUAAUCUUUCUUCAGGGUUUUGCAGAAAUUUAUAUAUUUGUUUUACAACUGCUCAACUAUGCAGUUUUUGAAGAGAAACUAACAAUUACUAGUUUAACAGUCUGAAUAACUGAUUUGUUGCACUUUCCGCUACAGAAAAAUUAGAAAACUAGUAUACCAGAAGAGCUGAAACCAACUGAAAUUCCAUGAGUUUUUCAUCAUUCAAUAAAGUUUACUCUUCCAUUUCUA